UUACUCCGUAUAAAAUUUUCUCAAAGUUAGAGGGGCGGUCGCUCCCGCGGGUCUAUCACGUUGGUCUGUCAUCCUCUCUCUUCUCCCCGUCUCCUUCGGGAUUUGUAAAAAAUUGAUCUUGAUAAAUUGUCUGUGGCGUGGCCGGAAAAAUUGUCAGACCAAGUUGGAGACAUGGUGGAUGCUGGGUGUGGAUUGCCAACUCCGUCGUCCAACUUCAAGGAUGCAAUGACGGCUCCUCAACUUGGCGGCGGUGGAGCGGCAUCCAAAUAUCUCUCUAACCUCCCUUCUCGAGGCCUAUUCUCAUCCACCUUCCCCUCAUCCAAUCCGGGGGGAAUGAGGGUUUAUAUUUGUGAUCGUGACACAAGUGCUCCAGAAAACCAGAUCAUCAAAACGGACGAGAUGAAUAUUUUAAUUAGAUCUCUUACGCUUAAUCAGCAGAGGGCCGAAUCUGGUUCAAAAGACUGGCAGAGCAUUCCUGCAAAUGAAAGUUCAAGGAAAAGAGCGGCUGAAAGAGCAUUGGGUGGUAGAGCAUCAGCAAAGAAAGCUGCAAGCAGCAGUCAAGUAGUUUCUCAACAGGAAGGUGCUAAAAACCGUAACCCUGACAGAGAUCUCCAAAGCUUGACGGUGGAGAGACUCCGUGCACUCUUGAAGGAAAGGGGCCUUUCACCUAGAGGAAGGAAGGAUGAAUUGAUUGCUCGUCUGAAGGAAUCCUCCAAUGAGUGACGUGAUAAGCACCAAAAGUCCAGGGACUAAUUUUCUGCCGUCUGUAAUUCUGUAUCUGGUAUCUAGUAUUCAACUUUCUAUGUAAACGUAUAUACUUAUAUGAAGUGAUUUUGGAACUACUUCGUAUUAAUUAAGAAACUGUGCUGUUUUUGCUACUUGGACUUGUCAACUUCUGCAAGUUAUUGUCUUAGUUAAAGAUGUCCUGGCUGGGGUUU